GUCGUUCCCCGUGAUCACUCCCUUCCGUAUGGUUCAACAGAACCCAGCUACAACAACCAACCGUCGCCAACAGGUAGGUGGCUCUGUUCACAUUGGCUGUCAUCACUUCCUUCCCGUUCCGAAUUGGCAACACCCAAGGUUGUGUUACUGCAUCACGUUUUCGGGUCCAACCGGCAAAUUUCGCAUGAUGAAGCACAGAGAUAUUGUUGGCGGCAAACUGUUUCGACUUUUUUUGGGAUGACAGUCGAAACGCCUUAUCCUCGAACUAUUCAUUGGUUCCCACAGCAGUAACACCACCUUCACGGGAGAUAUGAAUGACCAACAUGUCGUUUCACCGAACGCCGGAAACCACCAACGAAUUCCCUAAUCCACAACCGUACAACGGUCAAACUCACCACCUUGAGUGACCAGAGCGACGUUCGUAAGAGGUAUAACUACUACCCCUCGCCUCCCCUUCAUGUUCGGCUUCUCUUCUACAUCAGUCAUCAGCAUCAGCAUAACAUCCACAUCCACAUUUCCACUACAACCAAGCAAACCACAAAAUCACACCGACCACACACUCACAACUUUUCAACUUCCAAACCCCAAAAAAAAACCACCAAACAAGCAAAAUGUCUACCCCUAUCUCCAACACCACCCCCACCUCCGCCGCCCCCACCGGCACUGAACAGCCCCAGGAGACCGUCUCCGCUCCCGUCCAGACGACUACCACUACUACCGUCAUUACCACCACCAUUGAGCCUGCUCAGGCUGUCGCCGCCGCCGCGGAGAAGAAGGAGGAGGUCAAGGAGGGCAAGGACGACAGCAAGGAGACUACUACCAAGCAGUAGGAGGUACAAGAGCCAGCCAUGAUCACAUCCACGCCGGAUCUCAGGAGGAUCGCAGUGCAGUCACCUAGACAUUUGCUCGGGGAAGGUGAAGGGAGUGACAUGAUGAAGUGAUGGAGGGGUUAGUUCCUUGGCGAGAGGGACUCAUGAUUUGAAGACAACGAGGGAAUGAGACAUGGAAAUGGAGGAGGAUAGGAUAUGGUGAGUGAGGGCUGGUAGAGAUAGAAAUGGGCGGGAAUAAGGGGUGGACUUGAAAGAAAGAAAGAAUAGUAGCAAACGGGAAUGAAAACGUGCGUGUGGUCAUUGGG